GACUCCCAGCGCUGUUUAAACCAUCGCUCCACAGUUAUCACAUCAGUGUUUAACACUUUCUCUGGCAGAAUGUUAGCGAUUCAUGACUAUCCUACGCUAUUUUCCCUUUCAUAAAGUAGACAUUUCAUGACAUAGGCUCAGGAAAAAAACAAGCGCGGGUCUGGUUUUUAUACGUACCUCAUUGGAUCAGGCUGCAGCUCGGGCACGCGCAUCCUGUUACCAGGCAGACCCUCAUAAACAUGGCGGCGACUGGGAACGAAGCUGAGACGCUCUUAGCUGAUAUCAAGGAGGAGGAAGAAGAGGCCGAGGAGAUGGAGAGAGAAAUGGAGUCGGGAGAAGAAGAGGCAAUGGGCGUCGAGAAUUCCGAAGACGAAGAUGACGACGACACGUCGGAGGACGAGCGAGAAAAUGAAGCAGAAAUCCAGCGCUUGGAGGAGCAACUUUCGAUCAAUGCUUUUGAUUAUAAUUGCCAUGUGGACCUGAUCAAGCUGCUGAGGCAGGAAGGGAAGCUGUACAGACUGCGCAAGGCCAGGCAGAAGAUGAGCGAACUCUUCCCACUUACUGAAGAGAUCUGGCUGGACUGGCUGAAGGACGAAAUCGGGCUGAUUGAGGGCGACGAGGCGGAGCGCGAGAAGAUCUACGAGCUCUUUGAGAAAGCUGCAAAAGACUACAUCUGUCCUGAUAUCUGGUUGGAGUACGCUCAGUAUUCUAUAGGCGGCAUGGGGGCUGCAGGAGGCAUCGACCGGGUGCGCACCAUCUUCGAGAGGGCACUGACUGCUGUGGGCUUGCACAUGACAAAAGGAGCAGCACUCUGGGAGGCCUUCCGGGAGUUUGAGAUGGCCAUCCUCUCCACCCUCCAGCCUCCUCCUGGCAGUAUCUCGAGUCCUGAGCAACAGGAGCAGCUGAACGUGCAGCUCGAACGAGUCCACACUCUCUUCAGAAGGCAGCUUGCCAUACCUCUAAUGGAUAUGGAGAGCACAUACACCGAGUACUCCGAUUGGGCGGGUGAGGGUGUGCCAGAGACGGUCACGCAGCACUACAAGCGAGCUCUACAGCAGCUGGAGACUCGCAGGCCUUAUGAAGAGGCUCUGUUGGUGUCUGAGCCGCCGAAGCUGGCAGAGUACCAGAGUUACAUUGAGUACGAGAUGAAGGAGGGAGACCCUGCUCGAGUUCAGAUCAUAUUUGAGAGAGCGCUGGGGGAGAAUUGUUUAGUUCCAGACCUUUGGGCUAAAUACACUACUUAUCUGGAUCGACAGUUGAAGAUCAAAGACCUGGUGUUGUCCUGUCACGAAAGGGCAGUCCGGAACUGCCCCUGGACGAUGGGCUUGUGGAAAAGCUACCUGUUGGCUCUGGAGAGACACUGUGCAGAGCAUCACAUAAUCUCUGAUGUAUUCGAAAAGGCACUUAAUGCUGGUUUCAUACAAGCCACAGAUUACGUGGAGAUCUGGCAGUCGUACCUGGAUUACCUGCGGAGACGUGUCGAUUUUAACAAAGAAGGGAGCAGAGAGCUAGAGGAGCUGCGGGCAGCUUUCACACGCGCUCUCGACUACCUGAAGCAAGACGUGGAGGAACGGUUUACAGAGAGUGGUGAUCUGACUUGUACAAUAAUGCAAAUCUGGGCCAGGAUAGAGGCUUUGCACUGUAAGAAUAUGCAGAAAGCACGAGAACUGUGGGACAGCAUCAUGACGAAAGGGAACGCUAAGUACGCCAACAUGUGGCUCGAGUACUACAAUCUGGAGAGGUCUUAUGGAGAUGCUGCACAUUGUAGGAAGGCUCUUCACCGAGCAGUGCAGUGCACGUCAGAUUAUCCAGAGCACGUGUGUGAAGUUCUUCUCACAUUCGAGAGGGUUGAAGGUUCGCUGGAGGACUGGGAUGCUGCUGUACAGAAGACCGAGUCUAGACUGAAUCGAGUGAAUGAGCAGAGAGUGAAGGCAGCAGAGAAAGAGGCCCUGCUGGUCCGGCAAGAAGAAGAGCGAACCGAACAGCGUCGCAAAGCCAAGGCCGACAAGAAAGCACAGAAAAAGAGCCACAAAACGAACAGGACAGGAGACAAAAGGAAGGCAGAAGACGUGGAUGAUGACGAAUGGGGAGAAGAGACUGAGCGCAAGAGGCAUAGAGGUGAGGAGGAUGCAUCUGAGGAGCAGAUGGAGACAGAAAGUGGGCUGUUUGGGCGCCGUGCUCCUCCACAACACAGAGCAGAGCCUCCAGCCGCCCGGAAAAACCAGCAGGUGGUGACAGAAAUAAAAAAUACAACGGCCAGAAUGCCAGAUGAUCGCAAUGACUCAAAAAGCGUAUUCGUCAGUAAUUUAGCCUUCAAUCUGGACGACCCAGAGGGCAAACUGAAGGCUGCAUUUGGGAGCUGUGGGACCGUCAUACAGGUGCGACCCGUGUUUACUCCAAAGGGCGGUUUCAGAGGAUACUGCUACGUGCAGUUUGAGGACGAGCUGGCCGCUCAAGAGGCCCUCAAGCUGGACAGACAGGAAGUGGAUGGACGUCCCAUGUUUGUGUCUCCCUGUGUAGACAAGAGCAAAAACCCUGACUUUAAGGUCUUCAAAUACAACACAUCAAUGGAGAAGCACAAAAUCUUUAUCUCGGGGUUGCCUUUCAACUGCACUACAGAGAAGCUGGAGGAGCUGUGUAAGGAGCACGGCACUGUCAAAGCCGUCCGCCUCGUCACCAACCGCUCCGGCAAACCCAAGGGCCUGGCCUACGUGGAGUUUGAGAACGAGGCGCAGGCGUCUCAGGCCGUGUUAAAGAUGGACAGGACCAAGCUGGAGAAUCACACGCUCUCUGUGGCCAUCAGUAAUCCGCCAGCCAGGAAGACAGAAUUCACAUCAGCGCUGGGAGGCAUGAUGCCUCGUCAGAAUCAGGGCACUCGUGGAAAAGGCCGUACACAGGUGUCUUUACUCCCUCGCUCUCUGCACCGUCAAAACACACCCCAGGCGAAAACGGAGAACGGCACCGCAGCCAAACAGCAGGAUGGCAUGAGCGACGGUGUGCAAGCUGAAAACCCCACAACAAAGCCCCUGUCCAAUGAGGAUUUUGCGAAGAUGCUCCUGAAAAAGUGAAGAAAAAAACCCCACCAACCCGUAAACUUGCCUUGUGUCAGAAGCCAUUCUGUGUCCUUAAUGCGAUAGAGAGGAAGAAAAGCAGCGCUUUACAUUAUUUUUCCUGUAAAUACACGACCCCAUCCAAGUUCUAUUAAAAAAAAAAGAAAAAAAAAAAAGGUUUUAACAAGAUGUCCUUCAAACGAGUGUUUCAUUUGUUUCUUGGGUUUGGAAGAAAUGAAAAUUGGGAUAUUUUCUUUUGUACAUGAUGUCAAAUAAUCCAUGUGACCCUUGUUGUUUUUAAAAUUAGGCAUAUGCAAGAUCUUAAUAUUUACUAUGGAAGUAUAGUGUGUUAUAAAUUAGAAACUGUAUGGUUUUUUUCAUGUACACUGCUUUGAUCAGGAAAGAGAAAAAACAAGAAAAAAAACGUGAUCAUUUGUUAAGCAUAAUUUAUUAGAACCCUGGGACGCUCAUUGAAAGCAGAAUUCAGGACUCAUUUUCUGGAUUCUGUAAUUAACGUGUUCACAGAUUAACUAGAUUAAAAAAGUAAGUAAGUAUUUAGUAGGAUCUCGUCAGCCGUUUUAUAUCCACUUUUGUUUUACUCUGGACUUCUUACCUGGUGGUAGUAGUAGUGUUUCGUUGCGCUCCUGGUGUUUUCACCCUGAAAACAUUUUUUUCUUUUUCGCACAAACCUCCGAGUUUGUCGUGUCCUGGAAGUCGAGGUCUGGUUUUAGGAUUAUAGCUACAGAUGGCUGACACGUUAGUUCUGCCUUACAUUGUCGGCGCAGUAUUGAGAAAUACGACUCUAGUGUUUAAGCGAGGCUAGCAUUUCUGUCGCAUUGCCAGACCGCACAAAUCCAGAACCUUGAUCCAGGCUCGAGUCCAUCGAGUUGUGGGGGGGUUUCGUUCUCGAUAGGUCUGGAUUUCCUUCCGUCUGGCUGUGACGUUGCCUUAGAUCGUUCCCUGUCUCUGUGGAACCGAACGUUUUAAGUGAUUAAGAAUCUAUGCAGCUGUUCAUUGCUAGAACCUUCCAUAUGAGUUCACCUAAAUAAUUCCCCCGUUCCCAUGGCCAUACUGUAUAUACGCCAUAACGUUUAGUAGAAGUCAUUUUGUCCAAAUGAAAAUGGAAGGCUCGAACCUUUAACUGAAUAUUUAUUAUGUGUGAUGUAUAUUAUUUUUAGAAUCCCCACCACCACCAUCGCCACCGGUCCCUUUUUACAGAGUGUUUGUUGAGCAUUCGACUCCCUCACCCGGGAGGCCGUAACAGUUUUGUACAGCGUUUGUAUAUUUUGAUCUGAAGGAAUAGUAGCUCUAAAUAUUUGCUUCUGAUCACCACAGUGGCCUAAAUAGUAACGAGAAAAGAACCGUGCUGUCGCAAUGUCUUGUUCAACUUGUCUGUAUCUUCAUUUCUUUGAAAAGUAUUGCUCUUAACACCCCUUCAUAUGCCCCCCUUACCUUUUUUUUUUUUUUUUAAAAUUCAGUCCAAAUAUAUUUACCUGAUACAUUUUCUGUAUCGUUAAAAAUUGUAUCACUGUAUUAUUUCCCCCCUCCAUAAUUCUUUUCCUUCGUUGUUUCCUCAAUUGUUUAUUAAGAACAAUUAAAACAUAUGUGGUCAUUUAAA